AUGGAACUUCCAGCUUUUGAAUCGGGGUUGUCAGCAAGUUUUACGGUAAAGCGCAACUUCGUUUGUUUUACAGACUCAUACAACACCGUGGUGGGUAUGAUUCGUCCUUGUUUCCAGGAUGCACUGCAUGUUCUUGACAACUAUGACCAGGUUGGCUGUGUAGACAGCUCUGCGUUGUCGAAGUAUAGUGAAUGCGAGGUAAUAGUUCUCCCCCAUAUGGACAAGCUGCCGCCGUUAAAACAAAACAGAUUAGCCAAAUGGUUACUCCAUUUAAAGAGAGAAUAUCCCAAUAUUAUUUGUGUAGCGACUUUGAAGCCGGUUCUGGAAGAUGCCGCUGCUGCUGGUGGUAGCCGGUUCCCCCUCUCAGGGUAUUUAAAGAGUAAGUUCUGGUUUGCGACCGCUGAACCCACAAAAGCUGUGUCCAAAGAGACCCUGCUGCUGACUUCCCCCCAAGAUUGCCACCGCAUCACUAUACAUUCAUCUAUCAGAAGGUACGUUUUGGACAUAGUAGUCUUCCUGCGUAUGCACCGCCUCGCCAAUCAGUCCCUAAGCGGAGGGGCCUCUACAAAGUCGCUCGAUGAUAUCUUACAGCUAACCCAAUGGUUGGUAGCUACUGGCUCCGGUUCUGCAUCUAGCAAACCGAGAACGUUUGCCAACCCGGACGUUGUCCAGCAAGCCUGUCUAUGGUACUUCCCAAUGCACAUGGAAUUAAUUAAAGACCCACAAAACGACACCUCCGUUAUGUACGGCAGUGAACCAAGAUUCGUUGAAGAGCUGAUUGUUGGUCUACGGGAGUUCACUCGCAGGGCUGGCACUGGCAACCCACUCGUGAUGGAGACGUUGGUGGUCAAAGACGUCUUGAAUAAAGUUGUGCCUGCACUUUAA